AUGCACAGUACCAAAAGGGCAAACGCCCCUAGCUCACAAAGAGGCAGGCCAGCUGCUUUAUGCGAUCCGGGGCAUAGCAGGGGAAUUAUCCGCAAGGCGGCGGCGCACUGCUUGGGGACUGCCGCAUUAAGCAACAACGGAGGAGCGAGGCCCAAGUUGAGGUGGUUCAGAGUGCGAGGUAACACCGCAGGUCUUGCAGCAGCGCGCGGGGAAUUAACCGUCUCCGUUGCGCCCCGCUUUGUGAACCAUGUGGGGCAGCUGCGCCGCCGUGGUGCGCAAACUGUGGCGCGCAUGCUGGUGGGGGCGCGGCAUCCAUACCCAAAGCAGUCUCUUUAG